CACUAGUGACAGUGCUUCUUCAGGAUCCCUUAAGGGAGAAAGGUCUGGAUUGUCAUAAUUUUGGCCAAAGCUUCAAUCUGAGCCCAAGCCUGAUGGCAUAUCAGGGAGUCCCUAUAGAAGAGAGACCACGUCUGUAUGACACAUGUGGCCUUGAUGCCUUCCAGCACAGUGAGGACCUAACUGACCAUGAGAGUGUUCCCAUAAGUGAAAGCCCAUUCAUAUGUAAUGGGUGUGGAAAAACCUUCAGAGGAAACCUUGACUUUAUUCAGCGUCAGAUAGCCAACACUAGAGAGAAGUCCUUUAUGUGUAAUGAAUGUGGAAAAUCCUUCAACCAAAACUCAGUUCUUAAAAACCAUCAGCCAUCUCUUGUGAGUGUAAAAGCCUACCAGUGUGGUGAGUGUGGGAAAGCCUUCUGUGGGUGUGCAGACCUUGCUAGGCAUCAGGUUCAUCACAGCAGAGAGAGGCCUUAUGUGUGUAGUGAAUGUGGGAAAGCCUACAGCCAGAAUUCAAGCCUUAAAAAGCACCAAAAGUCUCAUAUGAGUGAGAAGCCCUAUGAAUGCAAUGAGUGUGGAAAGGCUUUUAGGAGGAGCUCAAACCUUAUCCAACAUCAGAGAAUCCAUUCUGGGGAGAAACCAUACGUGUGUGACAAAUGUGGGAAGGCCUUCCGGCGGAGCUCAAACCUCAUUAAGCACCACAGGAUUCACACAGGGGAAAAGCCUUUUGAGUGUGGGGAGUGCAGGAAGGCCUUCAGCCAGAGUGCACACCUCAGAAAGCAUCAGAGGGUUCACACUGGAGAGAAACCUUAUGAAUGUAACGAUUGUGGCAAACCCUUCAGUCGAGUCUCAAACCUCAUUAAGCAUCACAGGGUUCACACUGGAGAGAAACCUUACAAGUGCAAUGACUGUGGGAAAGCAUUUAGUCAGAGUUCCAGUCUUAUUCAGCAUCAGAGAAUUCACACUGGAGAAAAGCCUCAUGUGUGCAACAUAUGUGGAAAAGCCUUUAGUUACAGUUCAGUGCUCAGGAAGCACCAGAUAAUCCACACGGGAGAGAAGCCGUAUGGAUGUAGCAUCUGUGGGAAGGCUUUCAGCCACAGUUCUGCUCUAAUCCAGCAUCAGGGAGUGCACACUGGUGACAAGCCCUACGAGUGCCAUGAGUGCGGGAAGACUUUUGGUCGUAGCUCCAACCUCAUCCUUCACCAGCGAGUCCACACUGGAGAGAAACCCUAUGAAUGUACUGAGUGUGGAAAAACUUUCAGCCAGAGCUCAACUCUCAUUCAGCACCAGAGGAUUCAUAAUGGUUUGAAACCCCAUGAGUGUAACCAGUGUGGUAAAGCCUUCAACCGAAGCUCAAAUCUUAUUCACCACCAAAAAGUUCACACUGGGGAGAAGCCUUACACAUGUGUUGAAUGUGGUAAAGGCUUCAGCCAGAGCUCACACCUUAUUCAGCAUCAGAUAAUCCACACUGGUGAGAGGCCGUACAAAUGCAGCGAGUGUGGAAAAGCCUUCAGUCAACGUUCGGUCCUAAUCCAGCACCAGAGGAUUCACAGUGGGGUAAAGCCCUAUGACUGCACUGUUUGUGGGAAAGCGUUCAGCCAGCGGUCAAAGUUGAUUAAACACCAGUUGAUUCACACUAGGGAGUAACCCUUCAUAUGCAUCGAGUGUGGGAAGUGCUUUGGACGGAGCUCCCAUCUCCUUCAGCAUCAACGAAUCCACACUGGUGAGAAACCCUAUGUAUGUAAUGUGUGUGGGAAAGCCUUCAGCCAAAGCUCGGUCCUCAGCAAACACAGGAGAAUCCACACAGGGGAGAAGCCCUACGAGUGUAACGAGUGUGGGAAAGCCUUCCGAGUGAGCUCCGACCUCGCUCAGCACCACAAGAUCCACACGGGGGAGAAGCCUCACGAGUGCCUGGAGUGUCGGAAAGCCUUUACUCAGCUCUCACACCUCAUUCAGCACCAGCGCAUCCAUACGGGAGAGAGGCCCUAUGUGUGCCCCUUGUGUGGGAAGGCCUUCAACCACAGCACCGUCCUGCGGAGCCACCAGAGGGUGCACACGGGGGAGAAGCCCCACCAGUGUGGUGAGUGCGGGAAGACCUUCAGCGUGAAGCGGACUCUGCUGCAGCACCAGCGGAGCCACACCGGGGAGAAGCCCUACACGUGCAGCGAGUGCGGCAAAGCCUUCAGCGACCGCUCGGUGCUCAUCCAGCACCACAACGUGCACACCGGGGAGAAGCCCUACGAGUGCAGCGAGUGUGGGAAGACCUUCAGCCACCGCUCCACGCUGAUGAACCACGAGCGCAUCCACACAGAGGAGAAGCCCUACGCGUGCUACGAGUGUGGCAAGGCUUUCGUGCAGCACUCACACCUGAUCCAGCAUCAGAGGGUCCACACUGGGGAGAAACCCUACGUGUGCAACGAGUGUGGGCACGCCUUCAGUGCACGCCGCUCCCUGAUCCAACACGAGAGAAUUCACACGGGUGAGAAGCCCUUCCAGUGCACGGAAUGUGGGAAGGCCUUUAGCCUGAAGGCAACUCUGAUUGUGCACCUGAGGACUCACACAGGCGAGAAGCCUUACGAGUGCAACAGCUGCGGCAAGGCCUUCAGCCAGUACUCGGUGCUCAUCCAGCACCAGCGCAUCCACACCGGGGAGAAGCCCUACGAGUGUGGCGAGUGUGGGCGAGCCUUCAACCAGCACGGGCACCUGAUCCAGCACCAGAAGGUGCACAGGAAGCUGUGAAUAGAAACUACAAGGGGCACGGCAGCCUUCUUGCCAGGGAGCUUGUUACCUCUACAAGACACGCUGAGUGAUCCAGUAUUACAUGCUCCCGAAGAAAGGCACAGGGCGUGUUCCUGUGGGAAAAGCUUCUGAGAAGGUCCGUUUAUCUUCCUCAACAUCUUGAAGUUACAUAGGAGGGUAAUGGUACAUUUGUAGCGAAUAUUGAUAAAGAUAGCCAUAAUUCUUUGUUUCUGUAACAUUAGUUUAUUUGAAGUAACUAAGGGAAGUAUAAGGACUGUUGUCUCAAUAAAAUUUACAUUCCAAAUAAAUUUUUUUUCCUUAGAACCUGCCUGCCUCUCCUAAAUACAAUUGACCAUCCUAGUCAUUGUACUUAAACUUAGAAUGUUGUACUAUUUUCAGUACUCUGUAAAAACACUAAAGUGCUGUGUGGAUAAAGUGAUAUUUUAAAAAAUAUUGUCAAGUAUCACCAUGUGAAAUAGCUGAAAAUUCUAAGUGCAUGGAAAUACCUGUUUUGUAUUUAAAAAAAAAAAAAGUUUAAAGAUACAUUAGUGAGAAGUGUCAUAAAUUUAGAAAACCCACUAUCUGGUGCUUUAACUUUAUUCAAGAUGAGAAGGAAUGUCCUGACACGUCAAUAAAAACUCAACUUAAAAAUGGGUAUUUUCCUGAAAAUCUGUCCUUAUGACCUAUAGAGUCUGCACUUCAGAGAUCGUGAAAUCUCUAGGGCCUGCAGAUCCCAGCCGGCCUAGGACAAGAACUCACACAAAGUGGUUCCUCUUCAUGCCCUAUGGUAUUUCCAAGAAAAUACUAGAGAUAAUUCUUUGGUGGAUACUUUUUUUUGUUUUGUUUUGUUUUUGGU